AUGUUUUCAACAAACCCAUGGGACGAAUGGAUUUGGAUUCUGGAGAGAAAAGCCCAAACCACAACUCGAAGAGUCACAGUUCAGCGGCCAGUCGUCUUCAUCUUCAGCUUCUCAUCUUCAAUCUCAUUUCAAAGGUUGGGGUUGCAGAGCGUAAAAAUGUCAUUUCUCCAAACAUCUCUCCCAAUACCAACACCCCCACGAAGCCUCUCAUCCUCCAAAGUCCUCUCCGGCCCAACCCAUAUCUUCCUCACCUACAAAUUCUCUCACCUCUCACUCACAACCACCAUCACCCCUAACAUCCCCUUAAAGACGACGACGACGAUUCGUAUGGGUGGUGGUCCGAGAACCUAUCCAGGAGGUGUAUCAAAGUGGCAAUGGAAGCGAAUGCAACAAAAGAAAGCCAAACAGCUCCUUAAGGCCAGACUGGCUCGUGAACGCAGUAUCUAUGAAAUGCGUAAAAGGGCCGAACUCAAAGCAGCCGUAUCGGAGCUCGAGAGGCCUUGGGAGGUUGUUGAAAAAGCACCCACUUUGUUCUCUGUGAGCGCCGAUGAACAGGUAAAGGUUUUGGCUGAUAGGUUUCAGAUGCCAGGUGGGUUCGAUUUGUGGUCUGAGAGAGAUGGGCCUCAGCUGUUUGAGACUGUGGAUGAAAUUCCCUCGGCUAGGUUUUUUCCCAAAGGUGUUGUUCAUAGUAUCAAGCCGUAUGGGAAGAUUGAUAAGGACGUUGAUGUCGAUGAAUUGGGUAACUCAAACCUAGAGGGAGAAAUGGAAGGGAAAAUGAGGGUGAACAGAAAUGGGUAUGAUAAGAAUUCGAGAAAUUUGAGAGGUGACUUGUAUAGUGAAGGAAAUGUGGAUGAUUUGGGGUUGAAAAAAUCAAAGGUAUUGUUGAAUGAGGCUAAGAGUGGAAAGGGUUUGAAGGGUAAGUUUAGAAAGAAUGAGAAGAGAAGAAAGUAUAUGAGUGAUUCGGAGGGGUUGGGUUCAGGAGAAGGUGAUCUGUAUCAAAGAAAAGAUAGGAGCAUUCGCGAAUUGCGUGAUAGUGAUGCAGAGCUUAGCAUGGAUAGGGGUUUGGAGGAAUUUGAAAGUUCGAAUUCAGAAGUGUAUGAUAUGAGUUUGCAACAUGAUGGAAGUUACAGGUUUGCAGGGGAGGAUUGACAAUUUGACUCAAGUUUUGGUGCUAAGGAUGGACUUGGAAAUAAAUUAGGCGACCAAUAAUGAAACGAAUUUCAGAAUUUACAUGAAAGGAAGUGGUGGUUCUUUAUGAUCUCCUUGAUACUGUGUUCCUACAUCAAAGUGGUUUCACAUUUGGUAUAUGAAGUGUAUUUGAGACCAAGCUUUAGAAGUUGAGCAGGUAUUAAUCCUCAUUGUUCCAGAGAGUACAUAUCAUAUGUGUAUUUUUAUUUCUGCUUUAACUUUUGUCAUGCAAAAUUGUGUAUUGAGUCUUUGACUUUGGAUCAUUAUGCAUUCUCCAGCUGCUUUUUCCUUUUUGUAAUUGAUGAGUCAUUACAUAUCCUGUAUGUAAGUUAGGGAUGAUUGCACUAUCUCUUUUUGGGUUGUUGGUCUGCCACAACUCUCUGGAAAUUUCAGGCAACUUUUGACAAGCCAAAUUAUUUGGACACCUAGGGAAGAAGAUCAGAAAUAGAGACUUUGUCUUGGUAAAUCCAAAUCAGUUGGAGUUGGAAUUCUUUUGACCCCAUCUUCCUUGUUGUUUCCAUAAGUUUAUGGCUUGUCAUUGGUGGAAUGGCUUCUCUUCACUAGUUCCUUAUCAGAUAGACAACAAGGAAAAUUGUUUGACACAACCUAUUUUUUGGAUCCAAAGAAAAUCAUGAGGGCUGAAUAACGAAAUAUAUAUCAAAUGGACCCUAAUGCAUCAGAUACCUGUUCUAGCACUAAUAUAAGGGUACAUGACACGGAUCUGUGCUCAACCAUUCUUGUUUGACUUGCCCAGCACUCCCUAAAUGUCCUUUCUUACGUAAAUGCUCUCAAUUAUGAGAUUUUAAUGUACAUUCGGAAUUCCUAAAGCUUCCUGACAGAUAGACGCCAUGGUUAGGCGAGUGUUUUCCUCUAUCGACAUUGCAAAUCUGUUUGCUAGCCUGCGGAAAAGCACAAGAUUGGAUUUUGGAGAGAACUUGUGGGAUAUACAAUAGAAGAGAGCAUAAAAUAGAUCCAUAGAUAACAUUGUUGAAAUGUAUGCGUAGUAACUAGUGUAAUAAUAGUUAGACCGACCACUAAUUUCUUGUUACCAAAUCUAUACUACUAAUAAAAGUACCUUAACAUGAAGAAUUUUUGAUUCACUAUUUUACCCUUAUAA